GAUGAAGAGUAGGGGAAGAGGAGAAGACCAUUCGCAAAGGUGCUCAAAUUCUGAGUGGGCACAGCUUAUGUGGCAAACCUGGGCAGCAGAGAGAACAAGAUGCAAGCGUUGGGCCAUCUGAGCCUGAGAAAAGCAAAAAGGGGUCUCUAAUACCUGAAUCUAGAAGUCAGUCCAGAGGACCUGUUGUAAUAAAAAGCCAUCCACAAAACUCUGCUAUGAAAGAAUCACAGUUUCACAAAGGGAUUCACUGUGAGCAGCUCAAAAGGAAGAAUAAAGAUGCAGAGGAUCAUCUAGAAUUAUGCUCUCGUCAGGGUGUUGAGAUGGAAAGGUGUGAAAGUGAAGAGCUUGAUGUUGAAAUAAGAAACCUGAUAGAGAAGAAUAAUACUUACCAGUCACAUGAGGACCCUGAACCUAUUGCCCAAGAGAGUCUGAACAAUCAGAGAACUUCAUGUUCCCUUAAGACCCGUAGUGAAACAAAUGCUCAAGGCCUUCUUGGAUGCACACGGGCAGGUGUGAGUGAUAUGGAAGCCCCAGCAGACCCACUAGAAUCAAGGCACAUACUACUGACAGAAAAGAGCACUAUGUCAGCCAGUUCUCUGGAACAACAGAUCCUCUCACUGGAAAGACAGAAACGACAGCUUCUGGAGGUGAACAAGCAAUGGGAUCAUCAAUUUAGACGUAUGAAACAGCUUUAUGAAAAACAGCUGGCAGAAAUGAAAGCAAAAUUGGAGAUGUCGGAGAAGAGAGUCGGUGAGCUGGAGGAAGAGAGACAUCGUCAGCAUCCUGAAGAUGAGAGGUUGCGAGCCCCGGGCAGAGAGAGGCCGUUGCAGGAAGCGAAAGAAACAAAGGUCCUUAGUGAAGCUCUCCAAGAAAUGAAGGAAGAGAACAAGCUCCUGAAGCAGAAGAAUGCCUCAAUGAUCAGAAAGAAAGAACACUAUGAGUGUGAAAUAAAUCGUCUCAAUAAGGCCCUUCUGGAUGUGUUGAAAAAGCAGCAGUCACCUGUUUUUGGGACUCCUUCAGAGAACGGUGACAGAAACAGCCUUGAGGACAUGAGAACCCAACUUGAAGUUCUCAAACAGCAGGUACAAAUAUAUGAAGAAGACUUCAGAAAGGAGAGAUCUGACAGAGAAAGACUUAAUGAGGAGAAAGAAGCAUUGCAGAAAAUUAAUGAGAGAUUACAGUCUCAACUGAAUAAACUAAGCUCUCAGACAAAAGACCUCUCAGUACAGUCUGAGAGGCCCAGCUACCCACCUCCCCUCUUCCUCUCACCAUGUGUUGGGAGUUGUGGGUUGGUUCUUCACUAUCCAGAUCCUCGACUACAUCCAGCGCCUCGCAGGGCACUUGAGCAGCAACAGCGACUCAGCAACUCGCCAGACUAUCAGUGGUAUGUUCCUGACCAGUUUCCGCCAGAUGUGCAGCACAAGGCAAAUGAUUCAUCCUCGGAGGAGGGAGCCCAUCGCUGACAGCCUAUGACCUGGAGAAGGGUAGACCAAAGGCUGCAAGCUACUCUUGUAACUUUAGUAUUCUGUUUUGCUCUGUUUUGUUGGGGUUUUUUUUGCCCCUAGCUCCUUAUCUCUUGAGUGCAUGUUAUUUAUGCCUGGUGAAAUCCCUGCGAAGACAAUAGAAAAGCAGAUCAUACAGGCUAGUGAUCCUCAGGAUCCAGUUAAACUCUGCUGGGAAGCGUUAUUGCCCUUUGUUCUGAAGAUGCUGUUUGUGCUGCCUAUGAGAAUCUGUUAAAAAGCCUUGUGAGAAAAGAUGCAGCUAUUGAGAGACAGUCGCAUCUGGUUUGAAUUCAAGAGCUUAUAAGCUCAAUACUGGUGUGAUAUUCUUUGUUUUGUUUGAGAAUUAUAGUCUCUUUUAUUUGAUUCCAGGGAAUGAUUUGUUGAUAUAUCAUCUUGAAUUCUGUACUCUUUCUUGGUUGUUUGGUAAAAAGGAAAUCUGCUUCACAGUUUUAACAUGUUUGUGUAAUUUCAGGGAGGGUACUGCUGAUGCCAGGCCAGGUAGAAUGUGCCUACUCCCCUUUUUGAGUCAAGGCCAAUUCUCCUUUUGCUUUGACUCCAAAGUUAUAAGAAAACUAAUCACAGGGUUGGUUUUUUUUUUUUUUCUGUGUGUACUUUUUUGUAUCAGAAGAAUUUUAGUUGAAAGGUUUGAUGGUUGUAACUUCUCAGCGCAAAUGGCUUUAUAUUUCCAAAUUAUUCUUGUACUGAAUCUGAACAUCGUUGUGUAAGCUCUAACCUGAGAAUAAAACCUGGCUCUUUAAAUUAAAA